CACAACAACAAGCCACCAACAACAAAGCGGGCGGCGGCGGCAGAUCGCGUCACCUCCCAGGAAUUUUCUGCACAAUUAGCGCCUCAGCAAAGUUCUGGUGAGCGGUGGAGUUGGUUUGCUGUUAAAAAUAGUACACCUUGUGGCUGGCCGAAGUGCAACCAGCAGCGGAAAUCCUCGAGACGCGAAAAUGGGCUGCUUCGAAAGCAAGCCGGACCAGCAGCGUCCGCAAGCAACCGGAGUGCGAGGUCACACCGAUAUCUUUUGGUUGAUCUUGUACGUUAUCUUUUGGAUAGCACUGAUCGUAAUUGCCAUCUUUUCCUUCAUUUACGGAAAUCCGCUCCGCCUCAUCAAUGGGUACGAUUCGUUCGGCAACACGUGCGGUGUGCGCAGCAACGACAAGUACUCCAACAUCCCACUGUCCGGUAUGAAUACGGUCGAUAAGCCGUAUCUGUUCUUCCUCGAUAUCAAAGAACUGCGCCACACGAUUACCGUUUGCGUGAAGGAGUGUCCCGAGCGGGAGCUUCUGAAUGCGGCCGAACUCUACCGCUACUACGAGGAGCGACAGUCCAAGUAUUGUCGGUAUGAUUUCAACAUGAGCCUUCUGCUCACUGCGGAAGCGUCCGGGCCAAAGUAUUUCGAUCUUACCGGUCCCUGUCCGACGCUACCGGUGUACCAGUCGUCUCCGGUGCUGCACCGGUGCAUACCGACUGGCAAGAACGCACCGAUCCAGCAGGUUAAGAAGAUGUACGCCCUGAUUAACUCCUGGGAAGCGACGCAGCAAGUGUUUAGCGAUAUGUACAAAGCAUGGCCAACUAUCGUACUGAUCUGUGGUCUAGCCUUCAUCUUCUCCAUCAUCAUGAUUGCGCUGCUGCACUGGCUUGCUACGAUCGUAUCGUGGUUGAUCUGCAUCUUUGUCGUAGUCGCGAGCAUUGGCGUAACGGGCGUUUUGUGGUGGAGUUACUACCGCGCCAAGCAUACGCUCGAUACCGAUGAACGGCUGUCCUACCUCGAGGAGCUGGUACGCAACGAAACCACGAUCUAUGUGCUGGCGAUCGCUGCGACGUGCAUUAUGAUCAUUCUGCUCGUCGUCAUCUACUAUCUGCGCGAAAAGCUAACCGGGCUGGCCGCUCUGUUUGAAGAGGCUGGCAAGUGUAUGCUGCAGCUACCGGGAUUGGCCGGACCACCGUUGCUCGCGUUCCUUUCGCUGGCCAUUUUUCUUGCGUUCUGGGUUGCGGUUGUCAUAUGUCUGGCCACCGCGAACCUGCCAGGCGAGAAACCGCUGCUACCACUGACCCAGCUCCAGGAAAGCCCCACCAUCGCCAAUACUACCAACAUGAAACCGGAGUUUGCUGGAAAGAACGAUACCAGCUUCAAAUCAUUCAAGUUGGUUGAAUAUCGUGAAGCAAGUGCACUACGCCAUAUGCUAUGGAUUUACAUUAUUGGGCUGAUUUGGACGAGCGAAUUCAUCUUUGCCUGCCAGCAGCUGGCCAUUGCCGGUGCCGUCGCCUUUUGGUACUUCCGCAAACCGACCGACAGUCCGGUGCUACACUCCAUUGCCAAGCUCGUCAAGUACCAUCUCGGUUCCGUUGCCAAGGGAUCGCUAAUCAUCACCAUCUUUAAGAUACCACGUCUCAUCCUCACGUAUCUUUACGCAAAAUUAAAACGCCACCAACAGGAAGGUUCGGAGUGUGCCAGCGGUUGCCUACGGUGCUGCAUUUGCGGAUUCUGGCUGCUCGAGAAGUUCAUUCGCUACCUAAACCACAACGCAUACACCGUGAUCGCCAUCGAGGGAGUCAACUUUUGUCCGGCAGCAAAGAUUGCCUGGAAUGCACUGGUAACGAAUGCACUGCAAGUGGCCACGAUCAAUGGGAUCGGAGAUUUUGUGCUUUUCCUUGGCAAGCUGGCUGUUGCAGCGCUCUGUGGGCUCAUUAGCAUUUUGUUGCUGCGUGACAAUCCGGAUCUACAUUUCUAUAUGGCUCCUGUGAUCAUUAUUACAGUAUUUGCAUUCUUUAUCGCACACAUCAUUCUUUCGCUGUAUGAGAUGGUCGUUGACACACUGUUCCUGUGCGUCUGCGAGGAUCGUACAAUCAAUGGAAACACUGGCCGCUGGAAGGAAAGCAACCUAGCUCGGCUGCUCGGAGAGGCGCCGGAGGUCGAUGCGGUUGAGGCACCGAUGCAAGAGGUCCAGCUGACACCCAUCACGAAGCAACCAUUCUCAGCCCAAUUCCUUCAGGCCGAGAUGGAAAACAGUAAAGCUUAAAUGGGAUCUGAUGAGGUAAGAGCGCCAGGGUGACCCAAAUGAGACCAAGUGAGCCGUGGAGUAAAGGUUUUCCGAGCUAAUUCACAUGUUCUCCUUCACACCGUAUGUGAAACGUAUUUUUUCUCAUUGACAUUUAGACAUAAGUUAUGAAAAACCAGAAGCCUUGAUGAGCAUCGCACGAUUACUUACCAUUGAAAAAUUAAAAUUCCAUUCAAAUGUUCAUUUAUUUUCACCUUUUAAUUUAUUAGACACACAUUACUCACGCCAAAAUCCGAGUUUUCACUAUCGAGAGUCAGUAUAUUCGUAUUUAUUUCAUUCACGUCUUCGACGCUCAUCGUAAUCGAUUGCAAACGAGCCAAUAAUAAUCGGAGUUACUAUAUGAUUCUUCCUAAUUGCCGCUUCGUCGGCAACGCAUAACCGAAUUCUUCCUUCGUUCCUCUUGAUGGGCGAACCGUACGACAGAACGCAAACGAAACUCGGUAGUAUAUAUGUAGCCUUAUUGAAAGCGGAUCAUCAACCAUUCAAAGCUCAAGUGUGCGCUGCGACUAAAUAUGUUACAAAAACCAACGAGAAGCACUCACCGGGAAAUUGAAACUCUGCCAGAUUUAUACACACCAAACUUGUUUUUUACUAGCAUUUACUCUGUGCGUGUGCUAAUGAAAUGACGAAUAUUUACAAAAACCCAAAAUCUGGGCGCUACACAGACAUGUUGUGUACCGCAAUGUUAACAAUCUUUAAUGUUAUAUUUUAUGCCAGUUUUUGCAUCACAUAAGAAAGAGUAGAAAGAGAGUGCAUUUGAUGAUGAAAGCACAAACCGAUGUUGAUAUAACUUUUGAGAGAGAGGAAACGCGCAUCAUACUAUUUUAAUCUUAAAAAUACAUACUAUGCACACGAUUAACAUAAUGCACUCUAAAAAUGGGAAUCAAAACGUGGACGAUAUUUCAAGAUAUAAACAAACAUGCUUUGCUGUUAAGAAGCCUUCGAGCCAGGGAUUGCAUGCGGAAGAUCCGCUUAAUACUCUCAGGAUUGGCAAUAAAACAUUUACGCAGAAUUAUCUAAACAUUUGAA